UUGGUGGUGGCCGUAGUCGUCGUGAGCAUGGGAUUGUCGAUGCUGGCCACGCGGCCGCAAUUGUUUCACGCCCGCGGCGCCACGUUCGACCGCAGCGUGAGCAGACACAAGGCGAUUGUCAUGUGCAUGCACAACGGCGUGGUGCCCAUGGGGCUGUCGCUGGUUCGGGAGCUGCGCUGUCUCGGCAACCAGGAGCUUAUCCAGGUCUACCAUUGCCUACCGGGGGAGCUAUCGAAGAAAUCCCGAGAACUUUUGUUCGCGGCGGACUCGCGACUGGAGAUCGUGGACGUGUGCUCAGAUCUCGCGGAGCGCGGCGACAUGAGCUUGAAGCUGGCUGAGCAGUUCCGUAGCUGGUGGAUCAAGCCUCUAGCUCUGUACCAUUCGGACGCGUCGGAGGUUAUUUUACUAGACGUGGACGACCUGUUCAUGCGCGACCCGGCAGUGCUGCGUACGACGGAGGGCUACAAGCGCACGGGCACCACCUUCUUCUACGAUCGCGUGACGUCCGGCAAGUUCUUCUUCAACCAGCAAAUGGCCAACAACAGGUCGUACCUGGACAACCUCCUGCACGGGUUCAACUACUCCAGCCUCGGCGUGAGCAGCGGCUACGCGCCGACCGCUCAUCUGAGGAAGUCGUUCGCCUACAGGGGCGAGACUCACCACGAACAGGACUCGUCCGUUGUGGUCGUGGAUAAGUCGCGCUCUCGUAUGGCAAUGGCGGCGCUGUGGUGGCUCAUAACGGAGGAGAGACUCAACGAUGGCUCUCGAGGGAGGAAGGAGGGUCCAAAAGGGUCCUUCUCCUUUGGGGACAAGGAGUCCUUCUGGCUGGCGUUCGAGCUAGCCAAACAGGAGUACUUCUUCAGUCCGUGGGGUGUCAGCGUGAUCGAUUCCUCGACGAAUAACGAUCUUUCAGCUCACAACGACUCGCUCUGCGGGAGUAUCGCACACUUCAUGCCCGUGGAG